AAGAACAAGAAAAGAAAAAAAAGGCGGGAAUAUCCCACGUGGCGUCAGAGAUGAGAGGCUCCAAUAAUUGUCCUCGGAAUUUAUAACUAUUAUUUUAUUUUUUAUUUUUAUUUUUAAUUUUUUUUUUCUAAAAAAAUUGGGGCCUGAAUUUAACAUCACGAGAAAUUGAUAUUUUUGUAAUUUGAUUAAAAUCCAAGGACAUUUUUAUCUAAAUAAGCUCCAAGAUUUAGAUUCACCUGGGAAAGACAAAAACCAAUCUCACCAAAAUAAAUUAUUAAAAAGAGAAAAAAAGAAAAUGCUGUAAUUUUCUUCUCAAUAAUAAAAAAAAAAAUGGGGAAAUUCUUCUUCAAUUAAUUCACAGGUGACCGAGCUAUCGAAAAUAUUCAAAGUAGAGAUAUACUUAACAAGUUCAGAGAAAUAACAAAGUCAUUUGGGAAUCAAGAAAUGGAUUCUGAAAAAUUAGAACAGCUGAAAAUGACUAAAGCAGAGAUUGAGAAGAAAGUGACAACAAUCUUGAGGCUACUCAAGAAUGAAGGGCAAGGAAAGAGAAAGAAAGCCAAAAAAGAGACAGAACUACUUGGAUUGGUUGAGAAUUUUUACAAGGAUUACCAAUCACUCUAUGAAUUGUAUGAUAAUCUUAUUAUAUCACAACCAAGAACAAGAGUAAUUCAUGGAAGAAAAAAACACAAGGAAUGUUCUUCUAAUUCUAGCUCAGAUUCCGAGUACUAUUCGUCUGAGGAAAUCCACACAAACAAAGGCGAAAAAUUUGUAUUUGAAGCUGUGAAUCUUGAAGUUCUUGAGAUGAAGAACAAAUUGGCUUCAUUGAGUGAAGAAAAUGACAAUUUGAGAUCAGAAUGUGAAGCUAAUUUGACUAAGUUACAAAAAAUCGAGGUCGAGUUGGAUGAGAAAGACAGAGGAAUUUUAGAGCAAAUUAAGUUUAAUGAAGAGUUGAGAUUGGAAUUGGAUAAUAAAGAAGGCGAAAACUCUCUUCUCAUGAGGAAAAUCAAGGAGAAUGAGGAGAGUUUCGAGUUGAAAAUCGAAGAGAUGAGGGCGCAGAUUAAUUGUUUGAGUUCUCAAAAAGGUGAAUUGGAAGAAAUUUUAGUAUGUGAAAGAGAAAAAGGUGUAGCUCAAGUAAAGGACUUAGUGAAACAGAUCAAUUUUAUGAAAAAUGAAGUUGAGUCAAUUAGAGGUGAAGUUUUGGAUAAAAUGGUUAAGAUUGAGUCUUUGAAUGAAGAGUUAUUGGCUAGAAAGGUGUUAGUUGAGAAGAAAAUGGUUGAAGAUCAAAAGGGUCAAGAUGAUCAAGUCAAUGAGAGUGAGCAAGAGAAAAAACAGUUGGAUUACUUAAAGAGCAAGAAAGAAGAAUCGGAGUUUCAACAAGAGGUAAAAGAACACUCCAAAAGUAAUAAUAAAUCAAUGAAGGGUUUAGCUUUGAAUAACAAGGAAAAUAAGCAAAACCCUCAAAUUGUAGCGAAAAAGAUGGAAGAUUUGGCAGAGAAAUUUAGGGAUGGUUUCGAAAACAAGUUUCGGUUACUUAGUAGGAGAAUCUUGAUAACAGAACAAUUGAACACUGAGAACAAAGAAAGCUACAUGAAGAUGAAAGAGAAGUAUGAGAAAGAAAAUAAAGCAUUGGAAGAAAAGAUUGCAGCUUAUGAAAAUGGGCAAAGAAAUAGUAAUAUUAAUAUCAAAGAGAAAGAGAUUAUAACAACAUUAGUAGAGUGUGCAAUGAGUAAUUUGGAGUCAAUUGUUAGGAAUUUUGAGGAUAAAAAUGAGAACUUUUUGGUCCAUAUUUCAAAAGUGUCAAGUGAGGUUAAAUUUGCAAGUGGUGAAAUGAGAAGGCUAAAGCAUAAUGUGGAUUCAUUGGUGAAAAAGUUAGAUGGUAAAGAAGAAGAGGAGGUUUUGCUGAGAGACAAGGUGUGGAAUUUAGAAGCUAAAGUGAGCAAAGAAGGAGGUGAAAAGUUGAACUUGAUGCAAGAAAUUGACCAACUUGAGAAAAAAGUUGGGAAAUAUGAGAAGAAAAUUAGAGAGAAAGAAGAGAGGCUUUUGUGUCUUGGUGAUGAGAAGAGAGAAGCUAUAAGACAGCUUUGUAUGUUGGUUGAAUAUCAUCAAACUCGUUUCGACCAUCUCAAACAACUCCUCUCAAUAUCGAGUUUAAAUUGUAUGAAGACUACUGCUAGUGAUGGACUCAGAAAAUCUUUCAAAGUAGCUCAUUGUGCAUAAAAAGAAAUUAGAGUGUUUUAUAACUAUUUUUCUAAAAAAAAUUACAUUAACAACUACUAUUUAUUAGAGCUAGUUACCAUUCAUAACCAAGUUUUGUGGUUAAUGUAUUUAGUUACUAAAAAAAAUGUUAAAUAUUUUUAUUGCCGGAUGUUAUUUGAAUUGAUUAUAUAACUUGUUGUAAUUUCACAGUUUUGAGUUGAUUGGCUGCCAAUCAAAAAAGAAUAUAAUACAUUUUUAUACAAUAAUCAGAUUUUCAUCGAGACAUAAUCACAAUUAGUUCUAUUGCUUAGAGUGUUAUUAUUGCUUUAUC